CCGAUCGCUUCCUUGUUUUCGGACUUGUCAUGUCGCGAUUGGUUAGAAAGCGUGUCAGCGUUUGAAUGAGACUCCCUGUAUCGCUCUUUCUGUUAUGUAGAUAGAUGCAAGCCGUGAUAAUGGGACAAUUAAGAGUUAUUUCUGUCCUUCUGGAUUUUAUUUUGUUAUUUGUCAUGUGCGCUGGUCGUGAUGUGGACUCGAGCUAUGUCACGUGUGGGUCUCUUGUUAAACUGAUGAACACCCGGCACAGCGUCAGACUUCAUUCGCAUGAUGUCAAAUAUGGCUCAGGUAGUGGCCAGCAAUCGGUAACUGGUGUGGAUUCAGCUGAUGAUGCCAACAGCUACUGGCGUAUCCGAGAAAUCCCCAAUGGCCUUUGCCAGCGUGGAGAGCCCAUUCGAUGUGAUCAGGCAAUACGAAUCACACAUUUGAAGACUGGCCGCAACUUACACUCGCAUCACUUCAGCUCACCACUGUCUAACAACCAGGAGGUCAGUGCGUUCGGGGAAAAUGGAGAAGGAGAUGGUUUAGAUGUAUGGGCAGUACAGUGCAGCGGAACAUACUGGGAGCGAGACGAUGAUGUGCGAUUUAAACACGUUGGCACAGAGGUUUUCCUCAGCAUCACCGGAGAACAGUACGGUCAUCCAAUCAGAGGCCAGCGUGAGGUCCAUGGAAUGUCAUCGCCCAAUCACCAUAACUACUGGAAGGUAAUGGAGGGCGUUUUUAUUCAGCCCAGCAGUGAUCCAGUGCACCAUGAUGAGCUCUGAUGACGUCUCUACAUCAUCGUAGUCGGAGCCGAUGGAGACAGACGGCACUCUGCUCUGAACAACUGAGAACUUGACUCACCCGCUGUGAAAUCUCCACUAUUAUUUAGUCCCUGGGUUUCUUCAAAAAUGUACAUUUGCCGGUCAGACCGCUCUUAGUGCUGCUGAUUUGUUACUGUAACAUCUGUUUUUCAGUCAGUAGUCAACUGUAAAAGAACAUUAAAGAUGUUGUUUUAUUGGUUGGUCACUUUCUUUUGAUUGGAAUGUUUUGCUUUGUAUAUAAGAAAAUUAAAUUGAUAAUUGAAAUUACAUUACAAACUUAUAUAAGAUACAAAACGGUCUUUUUUAUAUUCUUUAUAUUUAGGUCUGCUGAAGCAUUCUAAACAAGUUUAAAACGUAUCAAAUUCUAACAAUUUUCUGAAUUUAAUGUGGGGAAUUUAGUUCUUUUAAGUGAGGUUUGUUUGUAGUUUUUCCAUAUGACAAUUUAUUUUCCACUCAUGUUGUCUAAAUGACCUAAUAUGGACAUUAUUUGGUGAAAGUUUAAAUAAAUGUUUU